UAUGCGUAUUAUACUACUCUAUGGGUCUAUGGAUGGCCGACCACGGUGUUGGUUGGUGUUGACUUUUGGUAAUGAAAAUUAUAAUUCGCUAAACGAUUGCAAGACUUACAAACUCUAAAUGAAAGCCGUGAUGAAAUAAAUACAUUCGUCGGACAUUAAAAAAAAUAUCCAGUGCAACAGAAUCAAUACAGGUACUCAUGCAGAACUAGUUUGACAUAGCAGUUAAAUAAUAAAUUAGAAUGGAACCGUCAUGUUCACAUUCAAAGUGCGAUGUGUAUGAAAUAAACAAUGUUUCAUUUGAGAACAAUGUAGAGAACAAGACUGGUAGAGACAACAGGUUAAGUGAAAAUGCAAGCAGUUCUUGCAAUGUUAGGCAAAAAAUUGAUGAUCUCGAGCGUGAAGACUUUGAGGAGGAGAAUAGGUUAUUGAAACAUUGCUCCAGUAUGAUAGUAGAUGAUGAAAUUGGGGCCAAUCCACGAUUCUCUGGAAAUCUAUCCAGUGCUAACUCAAGUCUAACUUCUAGUUCUGAAACAAUUUCGACAUUAUCAAAUAUGAUGGCCAAUGACUUCAGCUUACCCGGCUGCAGUAAAAGCGACGAUUGUGAAGGCAGCAAUGUUACCAUAAAGAACAUGAUACACUCACGGACACAGUACCAAGCACCAAAAACACCAAAGAAGGUUGAUUUUAUGCAAAAGUUAUUGACCAGUAAUAUACAAGAAAAGAAAGAUUUUCCUAAAGGAAAGUUAUACAAGGGGGAUUUAAUGGAGCAUUCAGGAGACACUGAAAUGUGUGACGGCAUAAAUGUUUCAACGAGUCGAUCUAACUCAAACGCCUCUAGUGCAAGUUGUGACAGCAAAGACUUUACAGUUCCUUCAACAUCUAAUGCUGAGAAGUUGCUAGGUUUGGACGACAGCAGUAAGAGGAAUGGAAGUGGAAGCUCCAAAUCAUCUACAUACCAGUUCUGCGAUGGUGAUGACGAUUCAGAUUCGGAUGUGAACGAGGAGUCGUGGUGCACUUGCCUAUCAUCUCAUGAGGAUGACGAUGACGAUGAUGAACCGGAACCAGAUGAAAGGCUAUGGAGGAAACGACGUUAUGAGCCGCCACCGCCGCAGUCUGCUAAGAAGUUCUGUCCGGACGGCAGCGUUAUGACAUGCUCGGGGUCCGAAUGGUCCUCCAUUCACAACAGCAUCUCGCUGCAGAACGCCAACCUACAGGGACCUCCUGAUUUGAAGCAAUGGAUGCAAAGAUUCCUUCAGUGGACCAACGGUGAGAAGAUUCAGGCUAUAGACGCUUUUAUCAACUUGUGUUCGCCGAGCCACGUUCGCUACAUGAUGAAAUCAAUCGAGCCGCUGUUUCAGAGGGAUUUCAUAUCCUUAUUGCCCAAGGAGUUGGCUCUUACCGUGCUGGGAUACUUAGAGCCCAAGGAUCUACUGCGUGCCGCCCAAACUUGCCGUUAUUGGAGGUUCCUAGCCGAUGACAAUCUUCUAUGGAAGGAGCAGUGCCGUCGCAAAGGCUUGACCACCCUCAAGAAGAUGCCCAAGUCCUUCCCGCGUUACGACAGCCCCUGGAAGACGGCUUUCAUGCGCCAGUCCAUGAUACAAGAGAACUGGCUCCACAAGGUGGUGUCGCCUAUUGAGAUGAGGGGCCACGACGAGCAUGUCAUCACUUGCCUACAGUUCUAUGGCAAUCGCAUACUCAGCGGCAGUGAUGAUACUACGCUCAAAGUGUGGUCUGCUAUCACUGGGAAGUGUCUUCGCACGCUUGUGGGUCACUCUGGAGGGGUGUGGUCAUCUCAGAUGGUGGGCGAUCUAGUCAUCAGUGGUUCCACGGACCGGACCCUUCGCGUUUGGAGCGCUAGCAGUGGGCAGUGCCUGAAAGUCCUCGCCGGGCACACAUCCACCGUCCGCUGCAUGCAUCUACACCAGAACAAGGUGGUGUCUGGUUCCCGUGACGCAACCCUCCGCAUUUGGUCGAUCCCCGAUGGGCGGUGUCUCCGUGUGCUAGUCGGCCACUUGGCUGCUGUGCGUUGCGUGCAAUACGACGGCAAAGUUGUUGUUUCCGGCGCGUACGACUUCUUCGUCAAAGUGUGGAAUCCGGACACAGGCGAAUGCCUUCACACUCUAGCUGGACACACCAACAGAGUCUACAGUUUGCAAUUCGACGGCAUACACGUAGUGAGUGGCUCUCUGGACACUUCGAUUCGCGUGUGGGAUGUAGAGUCCGGCCAACUGAAGCACACCUUGACAGGCCACCAGUCUCUGACAUCAGGUAUGGAGCUUCGCUCCAACAUUCUGGUGUCCGGCAACGCGGACUCCACUGUCAAAGUGUGGGACAUCACUACUGGCCACUGUCUGCAUACUUUGUCUGGCUUGAACAAGCACCAGUCAGCGGUGACGUGCCUCCAAUCCAGCAGUCGCUUCGUGAUCACCUCCUCCGACGACGGCACAGUGAAGUUGUGGGACGUCCGGACAGGUGAAUUCAUUCGCAACCUCGUGGAACUCGGGUCAGGGGGCUCCGGCGGGGUCGUGUGGCGCAUACGAGCGUCCGCCACCAAGUUGAUAUGCGCGGUCGGCUCCAGGAACGGGACCGAGGAGACCAAACUUCUCGUGUUAGACUUCGACGUGCCCGGCGCAUGUAGGAAGUGUGAUGAAUAGCAUCGACUCAACCGGCGCAUCGUGCGUCGAUACGCUAACAUGUUUGCGCCGUGGAACUGCUGAACGCUAUUUCUAUUUGUAUUGUUAUGACUAUUCGGUAAAUCCCCACCCCCCCUGAAUCCCCCCCUAUCAUCAAUGAUGGAUUUGCAUAUUAUCGCUUUUUUUAAUAUUUUAAAUUUUUACUAUAUACCCAUUUUAUUUUAAAUUCUGAUUGAGAUUAUGUUUUCGAUCUCUCUUAAAAUUUGCGAAAUUAGAUACGUUUUUUUUAUAUUUAUCUAAUUUCGCAAAUUUAACAGUCACAACUUGUUACAUACAGAGUGAUUCGUAGUUAAUGGAUAAAGCGCAAACAGUAGAUACACCACCUAAUUAGUUAAAACUAAAUUUGCAUGCAUUUAUUCAACAAUAUAUUUAUUUUUUAAUCGGGUCAUCGUAAUGAAAGAAAAAUAAUUAUCGCAAAUAAAACAUUAUACAUUAAAAUAGUAUCUUAAUACAUUGGUAGUUUAAUCCGUAAUGUUCAAUAAAAAUCAGAUCUAUAAAAUCAUAAUUACAGUAGCUACAGCAUUGAGAAAACGUAUUCAAGAUAGAAAAAAAAAAUCAAUUAGGUUGUGCAUGUACCAUUUGCUUCAUAUCCAUUAUUACGAUAUAUCCUGUAUAUUCUACACAACAUUAUAAAAAAUUAGCAAUAUUUUAUACGCACUAUAGCUAUUGCAAUAGGGAUAUGCAUGUUGUUAUAAUUCAAUAAUUUAUUUUAUGACACAAAACCGUUCUACAAUCUUCUCAUCAUCAUUAUUAAGUAUUUAAAAUCCAUUAUAGUUCAUUGAUGACACUCCCAUGAUAUGCGGGCGACGGGGGGAUAGACUGCGCGGGUGUGAAAUCGUGCCUGCCGGGAAGUAAGAUGCAUCAGUCGUGGGUUUUUCACUCAUCGCAACAUGCCCCCCGGCCCGCGCUGUUCAUCGGGAGUGUUACAAAUGAAGUUGCCAAGCUAUAGAACGGUCAUUCAUCGCAUUAACCGCUCGAGAAAUGACAAAAAUUGUCAUUGUCACGUUAACAUGUUCAAGCAACCAAUACCAAAGACAUUUCUGUUUUUGAUAUUUGUGACGUCAUAGUUUAUUAGCGAAAAUAGCGUUAUUGAAAAUAAUGUUUUAGCAGAAAUUGAUUAAUAUAUUUAAAAAAAAAAUACAUGCAUAUUCCAUGUUGCUAGCUUAUAUUUGUUUUUACUUUGUUGGUAAAUCUGUGAUACUCUGAUUAUCUUGCAUGCAUCUACAUCCAUAUUACUCUGGUCUUAUAAAUUAAUCGUUUUCAUUACUGCGUUUAUCAAGUGUUAUUUUUAAUUUUCUUAGUGAAGUUUUACAGAUCUGACGUUGAUGAUAAUGCGGGAUGUUAUUAUUAUUUAUAACUAAUGAACUAACCACGAAGUUUUCCCAUGUUAUAAAAUAUCAAAUAAGAUCAUAAGUAGCACACAUAUACACUUACUAGGUUAUGUAUGAUAAUUUCUGUUGUAAUUUUUUUCAUUACAAUUUAAUUUAAUUAAUUAGUUAUUUAUAUUUUACAUUUUAAUAUACUAACAUCACAUGAAAUUAUUAUAUUAUUUUACCAAAUUUAACUGACAAAUGAUUGACUUAGGUAAUAUAUUGUAUACAUCAUGUGGAAACUCGUGUGCAAUAACUAAAUCAAUCACGCAUAAUAACUAAAUCAAUUGCAUGUAUAGUACUUUUUUUUUUUUCUUAUUUAUAUAGGUUAUUGGAAACAGCAUUUAGUCGAUAAAUCCACGGCAAUAUUUACCGUUCACGCGUUCGAUACCAAUACAAUAAAUACCAUUACAUUAUAUAUUUUAGUUUUAGUUAUGACUUUUGUUUGGACUUCAUUGGGUUUGAAGAAAAAUCUAUUGAUUGGUUUCAAAAUAAGUUAAUUCGAUCCGAUAUCAGGGCAUGUCUAAAUAUAUCAGACAUGCAAAUUUAAUUUUUAUUUAAAUGACAUUUUACAUCACAUUAUAGACUGACAUACGCAACAAUUAACGAUUUUUUUAUAAAAACAAAAUUUAGUAUUCGGGCUAAAUAAUAAAAUCUUUGUGUAUAUUUUCAUCGCUUUGAAUCAUAGACGUUAUAUCAUAUAACUGUUGAAACUAAACGUUGUAAAAUAAUAUAAUGGUUACUGUUUCUGAGCGUUGUUGUUUUCAAAAGUGCCAAAAGUGACACCACUAGCACUUUUGUGAAGAAAACUGUACGGUUUUUCUUACGUUUAAGUUGUUUUGGUAUUUCACAGGCAAGUGUUACCAAAAUAGGUCUACAAACGGUUCUCCCUUUUGUAUUGUAGAUUUUUAAUAUCCAUCCAGUGUUAUUAUUGUUGCUGUAAAUAUGGACACAAAUAUUUUGUGCAGAUUAGUUUCAAUAAAUAAAUGAGUUUCUUCUGAAAUAAUAAACCUUAAACCACAUUAAUUUGUAACCCUAUUGAUGUCACAAGUCGUUGCGUAUGUGGAUAGAUUACAAUUGUCUCUGUAUAAAACGUUAAUUUCAUUUAUGAUCUCAAUUGUUGUUAGUGUGAGUAUAUUGGCAAAUAGUUUAAUGUUAUAUACAUUACUCUAUAUAAUUUUAACUCAGUUAAUCAUAAAAAUAAAUGACUUGCUUUUUUAACUAAAUACUCCUUAUUAUUAAUGGAUCAACCGAACCAUUGUCACCGAAUAUUAUGACUUAUUAAAUUUCAUUUUAACUGUAUAGCUUGUUCGUUGAUGACACUCCCAUGGUAUGCGGGUGACGGGGGACGAAGGACUGCGCGAGUGUGAAAUCGUGCGCGCGGGGCAGGGUCUGGAAGUGAGCUGCAUCAGUCGUGGGCAGUCACUGACAACUCGUAUUCAAUGACCUUCGGCUUUCAGAACAAAAUGCACACGAUACUUAUAUUUGAAAAUGAGUCUGACGACCUGCUAAGUUAUUGGUUGUAAAGGCAAUCAAAUAACUCAUUUUUUAUCAAUAUAAUAAUCGAUUUUUUUAAUAUUUAAUGGGAACAUUUUUUUUUUGUAUUUGUGUGUUUUAGGGUUCCGAACGUACUUACGUAAAAAUGGAACCUUUAUUGCAAUAUUUUAUACAACAAAUAAGACAUUUUAUUCCGCCAAUGAUUAAAUAUUUAAUUAAAUAGUUAGUUAAUUCAUAAUACGCAUAUUUGUAUAUUAUAAUAUCAAGUUAUGUUAGGAGUAUAUAGGAUAUUCAGAGAUAUCUGAAGACUUAUUCAUAACGUAAUAAGUUAUAUGUAGCGGUCAACUUUUUGCUGUCAUCGCUACCCAUCCUCCGGCCCCCGCGGACCAUGAGGAGUGUUACGAACGAAUUUGCCAAGCUAUAGUACAGUAAUAUGAGAUGUUCAUCUCAGAUGCCAAAUUCUCUUGCAACAUUAUUUAUUUCAGAGUCCCAAAGAGUUUUGAUGAUAUCGGAUCUUAGGUUUAGUUGAAUUUUAGUACUAUUUCUCUUUUAGUAAUGAUAAUAACAUCAGUGUUGCCAAUGUACAUGUUAGGGAAUUUUACGUUGCGGUAAGCUUAAUUCAUCGUUUUAUUUGUGUUUUUGUGUUAUCCCCGUUUCAAAUUGUUUUGCCAAAAUUAACAUUAAAAUAAAUAAUAAUUUUUAUUAUUUAUAAACAAUUAAAUUUAAAUUUUUAUGACAUUGAAUAAAAUUUUCAUUUUACAAUUAAAUAGAAUAUAGGUAUUCUGUUCAAUUUAUCAUCACAUUUUUAUUACUUAUAAGGUAGGCUUUUUUUAAAAUCUAGAUUUAUGAAAAAAUGAGUAUUUAAAUGAGCACUAAGUAUUUCUACCAUUGAGAUUAUUAUUAACUUUACUCGUAACUAUGAGAGGGCUAUUUAUUAUUUACGCUCAUAUUAUAUCUCGUUUUUGUCCAUAAAGCGUACGGGUAUCGAUCUGUCAUCUCAACUGUCAUGUUGACAGCAUAGAUUAGUAGACAAAUCUGAACCGCUAAAGAUACAUCAAUCUACAUUUUACUCGAUUCCUGGGAAUUCCCCGCCCUUGAUCUCUAUGCGUAGACCUUCUCUGCUGUUUGGCAGCACUGAAUUAAAAAAAACCCUUAUUUUUUUCUAAUAUCUAUCUUCUAUUAAUCAUUGUGUUUCUGUGUUCGUUUUUAAAUUUGUACAUAUUGGACGUUUUGUUGGAUCUAACUUUUAUUUUCUGUCAGUGACUGGUUUUUCGCAUAAUAAAAUUCACACACAUUGCAUAAUAUUUUCUUCUUCUCUAUCAGUGUAAAGUAAAGUAACAAUUAUUUGAAUGAUUCGGUUUUAUAUUUCAGUAUCAUUGUUUUGGAUAAAGUGGUUCGAAAAUGCCAUUGGCCAAUGGCCCACGACCGGCCAUUUUGAAAUUUUUAUUAUUAUCGCCAGUAAAUAGAAUAGUAAUCGGUUUUAGUAGCACCUCGAUAAGAUUUUUCAGUCAUCUUCCUCGUUUUUUUAAGACUGAGCAGGUCGAGCGACCGAAUAUAAUGUUUCAUGCAUAUUAUGACUACACAUGGUCAUAAUAGGGCCACCACCUAUCUAUUUAUAAUAUAUUUAUUAAUCAUAAUAGUACUAUCAUCAUCCUCUGUCUGUGUAUAAUAUACUUUAUGAUCACAUGGUCAUUAUUAUCCUCUAUAUAUUUAUAAAACAUUUUAUGAUAAUAUGGUCAUUGUCAUCCACUCUCUAUUUGUAAUAUACUACUACGAGUACUAGCAGAAGCUCGCAUUUCCAACCGUGUAGUUACCAGUCCCGUGGGAAUACGGGGAUAAUAUAGCCUAUGUAACUGCCUGAUAUUGUUCUCGUAGCAUUCGAUAAAAUAAUUUUUCAAGUCGGUCCAUUAGUUUUUGAGUUCAUUCGUAACAUACAAAAAUACAAAUCUUUUCUAUUUAUAAUAUAUUAUGUGUAAAUUUCAUGAUCUCUAUUUGUAAUAUAUUUUAUGAUCAUAUAAUUAUCAUCAUCAUCCUGUAUCUAUUUAUAAUAUAUUUUAUGAUUGUAUGGUCAUCUUCAUCCUCUAUCUUAUUUUAUUAUAUUAUGUGAUCAUAGUAAUUUUUUAUCUAUUUAUAAAAUUCUAAACGUGCGUUUUCGAAAAAUAUCAAAAUGGCGGGUGGUCAUGGCCAUACAAAAGUCUUCUCACUUUUUAAAAUCAGUUAAUGCAGUAAAGUGUUAUUAUUUUAUUUUCCAUUUUAGUUCUUUAUGAAAAUUUACACCCUUUUUGUUUUUGUUAGAUUUAUAGUUAAUUCUAUCUUUCUUUAAUUCAUAAGUUGUAUUUUGUAUUAUUAUAGGUUGAUAUUUAAUUAAUAAAUAAAUAAUUAUUAAGUCAACGUCGCGCCAGGUUAAUGACAUUACACAAACUUGUUUGUUUUGCAAUUUAACAAUAUUUUUGGAUAUUGAAUAUUAAAUUAAAUAAUGUUUAGUAAUUUGUUGUAAUUAAUGUAACAAAAUAAGUUAAAUAAUUGUACACUAUUAACCCAUUCUGACUAUGCGUAAUGAUCAAUUAUGCAUUAAUAUUUGUAUUAUAUUAAUAUUACAGUUUUCAACUAUUAUAGAAUAGCUACAAUAAACAAUAAAUGUGUAUCUAUCUAUAUACAUAAUAACAGUCUGAUUGCGACACGCAAAUUGGUGACUACUCCUUUCUGGUACCCGUAAUGAAGUAAUUUGUUUUAAAAUAGUAUCAUAAGGCUAAGUUCAAAUGAUGGCGACACCGCGUUGAAUGUCUCUUUGCAUACAAGAACAAACUAAUUAAUAUCGUCCCGCGCCUCGAACUUAGCCUUCAUUAUAAAUUUUCAUCUCUAAGUACGGUGGAGCAUUACAAAAUUUUUUGACCUGUUGUAUUUCUGUAACUCAAUUAAAUAAUGUUUUUGGUAUUAACUCUUUAAUUAAUAAGUAAAGCUACAAUUCAUCAGUAACCCGGUGGGUUAAUUAAUUGCAAAAAGAAAUUUCAAAUCCUGCAUCUUUGUCUAUCAUUGUAUUUAAUAGCACCUGUUGGAGUGAUAGUAACUCUUAGAUACUAAUUGAGGAAAAACACAUCUUCUCACAAUAGGUCAAUAAACUUUUGUAUAUCUUUACCGUGUACCAUACUUUAUGUUUAUUAUAAACAGUGUAUUAAAGGCCAGGUUAUUUCUGAAUUGACUAAGUAAAAAUAUUAUAAUAUAAGAUAAUCAGUAAUAAUCAUUGCAUAUAUUAUAAGAAUUUUCAGACUUAUUCUUAAACCGAAUUAACCGUAUAAUAUUCGUUUCAAUGUUAGCGUUCGCAUAAUCAAUUGAAUUGUCUGAUCUUAUAACAUACAUAUUAUAUAGAUAUUAAGCGGUUUGGGAUACGUCAAGAGGUAUUUCCAUACUCAUGCGCUUCGUAUUCAUCAUGUGUUUUGGGCUGUCUGAUUUUUAUUAGAUGACGAUGAAAGUGCACUAGUGUGGUAACGCUGAAUGUUUUAUAUCACGUAUUCACUAUUCACUUUUUAGUAAAGUACUUUAUUGAAACUUUAAAAUGUCCUAAAAAGUUCCAUGCAUUGUCGGUCUAGUCGUAUUGCAAGACUCCACGUCUCGAUAAAAGCCUCUGCAGUGCAAUGAACAAUGAAUUAUACUUACCAACGAACACAGAGCUGUCUGCUCUUUACGUUUGAAUUUAACGUAAAUACUUCGUAGUUCAGUUACCCGCUCAGAAGUCUUCGAGGGUUCUCUUCUUCCUAGGAUGGAAUGUUUCUAUCAAACAGCUUAGUGCAGACAGAAACGUUGGUAUACGUGGGUUAAAAAUAAAAGACAUCUGCACUGCUUGAAACGACUUUAUUUGUGAUACUUUAUCAUAAAUAUGCGGUUUCGUGAAUUAAUGAAAAUGUACAUAACGGUUGAACAAUAAAUUAAUGAUUAACUGAAAUACAUGAAUACACAGGUGUUCUCUUGUUAUUUUUUCGUGUCUUUUUACAAAAAAAUUAAUAACUUUUUUUUAUCUAGAAAGCUAAUAUCAACAACCUAAACAACUUUAAAACAAAUAGUUUCAUUAUGUGGAAAGAGUGUAGAGUUUGCGUGAUGUAAAACAUAAUCCGACAAUUUGUUGUGUAAAUAUAUAUUAUGUGGUUAGAAAGAAACGGUGGGCAGUCUAAAAGAGCCACCUUGGUGGGCGAAACCGAUAUUCAUUCUAAGACUCAGCGCAAACCCAGUGUCGUACUGAGUUUUGAUUCUCGUAGAGUUGUCGCUUCCAUGUUCUUAGCUAACUUAAAUAAAUGUAAAUAGUAAGCGUUGCCCGUAAUUUUAUGGUUAACGUACGUAAAUACUAAUGUAACAUUUGUAAGAUUAAUUGUUUAAACAACGUCGCCGAUUCUCGACUCGCUUCGAAAAUUUAAAAAUGCAUGGAAAUGAUAUUCGUUGUCGACAGAUCACGUGAUCAUAUUAUCGAACCGAUCUGUCAUUUCUCUACAUUUUCUCAGUUUUCGAAGCGUCAGCGUUUGUAGAAAAACAAUUGAGAAUUGACAUGGCUACAGGCCCUGCAUGCUCAUUGACGAACAAAUGAAUAUGACAUGAACUAAAAAUUAAAAUGUCUGUUUAUAUUUGGCAGCAUUUUAUAAAAAAUCUAUUUAGGUAUAAUGUAAAAACUACUGUAUACAUUUUAUUGGAAAUUGUAUCCAUUGCAAUUUUUUUUAAACAUGCUCGCGUAUCUUGCGGUCUGUGCUCGGUUUGCGCUGCCCUUAGUCGAUUAGUAGCGGGCACGAUCACCCGCACGUGUCUACGGUGUGGUUAUAUAAUUAAACGAAGACUGAAGAAUAGGUAUAGUUUAAUUGUAGUGUUUAAAAAUAAAAAAAAAAUAACAACGUCGGUGGAAAGUUGAAAUUUUGUAAGGCGGGCAAAACCAAGGUGGCGCUGUGAUAUUUUAUCUUUCCAUUGGCGGUAGAACGUUUCGUUUAUGAACGUGUUUUCCGCUACACUGCCCCUUAAUACUUUUAUCAUGCUAUUUUUUCUCUUAUACCUUUAAUUUGUUGCAUGAGCUAUGUAUUACAACUAUCGUUAGUUCUGUAGCUUACUUAUAUUUUAACAUGGUGCACACACACAUUCACACAUUAUGGUGUUUGUGUCUUAUAAUAAACUUAGGACGUGGUUUGAGUGUAACGUCUCCGCUUACGUUUAUUCAUAGACAUAAGCACCGUGUGAGAAUGUUUGUAUGUAUCGGGAUCAAAUGAUUUACAUAAUAAAACCUUAAGUCACAAUUGAUUAAGUUAAAACAAAAAACAGAACGAUGCUUUUUACCCGACUGCCAAGAAGGGUUAUUGAAUAAUAUUGUUCAUGUAAUUUUAUUUUUUCUCACUUAUGUUCAUAUUUUUGCUAUGUUAUUAUUGAACCAUAUAAAAAAAUCACAACAGCGAAUCACGUAAAUGCACUUUCUAGCAUACUAGACUAAGGUUGCAAGGACAAUAGUAAAUCUGGCUCCCGUUUCAAUGGUUUUUAUAUUUCUGAUCAGGUUAUAGAAAACUUAUUCAAUUAUGACGUAAGAUUCAUUUUUUUCCCACUGAACAGAUUUUCGGACUUCCGCCGAGUGUUUGGGUGAAUUUAGCGUGGCCUUCACGCGGUAUCCAAACCAUCCUAAACUCUGUCAGUGCUGUAUUUAUCUCGGGUAUUAUGAUUGUUCAUGUUAAAACAUAUACAUAGUAAUCAUUGGACAUGGACACUGUAUUCUAACAGUUUUUUUUUUAUUAUCUUAACAGAUUCAAAAUUCAACCAACUACUAUAUAUAUCUUGUUUGUUUUUCGAUAUACGUACACUUGAUAUAUUGUAGAGUCGAUAAUAAUUAUUUUUCUAAUAUACUGUAAAAAUAAUAAAUUGACUACAACCAUCGGACACGUAUUAUGUAUUUUUAUUUUUGUUUGGUAAUUUUCUUUUUGUCUUACUAUUCUUCUUAGUUUAGUCUUAUUCUUAUCUCCGUUAGGUUUGGUUCAGAUUGAUGUACAAUGUACAUAUAGCUAAGUUUAUUGUGAACUUCAACGUUGUAGACCGUAAAUGAUAGGUACAAAACGCAAUAAUUUACCAAUUUAGAAAUGCACCGUUUCAAUUGAUUGAUCGGUGACAAUUGAUGUAGGUAAGUGUAUGCUAUCACUACGUUGAUGGUGUUGUUAAACGUUGUCGUUAGCAAUAAAUUGAAGCUAGAGUAUACGAUGAAAUCGUCUGAACUUACACUUUGUUGAGAAGCUUGCUAUAAUCAUUCUUACUUAGUUGCUAUAUAAUUUAGUGUUUAGCCUUAAUGUUAAUCAUUUCCUUGCCUACACGGCGCCUAAGAAUGGACGAGGGUGGUCUGAUAAUUCCAGUCAUAUACUUUGUGAUUACAAUCACCCGAGUCUAUCCAAUUUACUCAUUGUUCAUGUAUAUAAUAAUUGUAUGACUCUUAAUGUAUAAAUCAAAGGUUCGCGCACACUAAAGCCGGUCGCACUGGUGUAAUUGUUGUGCUGCUGGCUUUUGCGCCUCUUUUUCUGAAAGUCCGUGCAGAAUUUUAAAAUUGCUGUGGGUGCCUUUAACUGAGUGCGCGAGCUUUUAAAAUCCAUGUGCCUGGUUCCUGUAAAAGGGUCUAAAGUGUGUUUUAUGUCCUGGAAGCUGAUUCAUACUUAAUAGAGUCAAAGAGAGGUGUCAGUUCUGUAUAUAUACAAGUUGGAUUUUCCCCAACUCUCUAAACAGAACGUGUAAAUCUGUAGGAUCCGUGAUACAAAAUGUUUUCUCACUUCUCUCUGAUUUGAAAAUUCAUUUUACGCAGUUGCUAAUGUAAACGAAUGGAAAAUUUAUUUAUAUAGGUACGGAUAGUUAAACUUGCUUAUACGUUGCAAAUUGCUUCCUGUAAAACAUGUUAUAAACUUAAUUAUUACAUAGAACUGGGCAUCAUGAAUAUCAAAUUACGUGUUUGAAUAUCGAUAUGGCUUAAUUCUGACUGUAAGGGUGCGCUUACGCGGGAAUUUUGGAGCAAUUAUUAUUGCUUAGCAACACGUAUGGUUCAAUAUAGAAAAAAUAGUAAAGCGAUUUAAAAAAAAAAAACUUCAAUUCUUUCGGCAAUAUUGUUUUACAUUGCUCUAUAAUAUUCUAUCCCAUUCGCAUUUGGAGUGGAAAUUUUAGUAAAUUUCUCUUUUUUUUCGUUAGUAUAGAUAGGAGUAUGUCUCGCUGGCACGACAGUGUAUACAAGCAAUUAUUAUUCAACUAAAUUGUUAAUGUAUUAAUGCGUUGUCUAGUUGAUUUCAAUUGAUCCAUAUUACUCCCAAGUUCCUCAAUACGGUGUGGCGUUACAUGAACUUUGCUGUUUCCGGGUAAAUAAUUACAGUUAAUGGUUUCGUGUACUCGCGUCACAAUUAAUUAAUACAUAUUGUCUGAAAUUGAACUAUUUGAAUUGCCCAUGUAAGUGCACCUUAAAGUACUCGUAACGUCCUGAUUGAUGUACAUUCAGUGAAUUCCUAUUAAAAUGAUAUAUAUACAUAUAUUAAACAAUUAUAUAUAAUGCAAACUUAUGCAGCAUAAAAUACUUUUCUCAAGAGUCUAAAAUUAUGCUCUAUCUCCGCGCUAUAAUUAAGUAAUCCGCUGUAAAUUUUGCUGCAAAUUAUAAACCAGUGAUUAAUUAUUAUGUUAAUUGCACAUUAUAGGAUGAGCGUUACAGAUGCUACUUCUUGCGAUGGUCAUGCCGUCUUUUCCUUAUCCAAAGUUUUUAUUUUGGAUUUUACAGUAUUCUUGUUGCGUUCUCAACUUAUAAUGCAAUUAGCAUUGAAGUUAAUCAGGCUAUUACGAAUCACAUAAUGCUGUAAAUUUUGCAAAACGGCUAAUAAACAAAUUGCAAAAGGAUGACUUGUUGAAACCAUCAAGUAAGACAAAGUUUACACGGUCGUAUGUCAGUCAGGACGCUGCCUAAACACAAUGUUGGGCCCACUCUGUACAAUACGAUUUCAAAUUUAUACGCUGUAAACAAUUUGUCGGUUGUAGUUUAGAAAGUGGGCUUAUACAAUUAUUAUUAUAACAAUAAAAUUAAUUUUAUUCAAUUUA